CGGCGAAAUGUUGAUACUCGGAAACUCAUAGCGCACCGUGAUUUACUGGCUACAAAAACAACAAAUCCAGAGUUGUGCAAAUAUGGCAGCAUCGGGGCCAUAUAGGUUAGACUUGGAACAACAAAAGAGGAAUGUAUUCGUGACACAAUUAAACGACAGGGAAGAUGAAGAUGAGAUUUCUGCAUUCCCUGUGGUCAAGGAAUCAGGGGACAAACUUAUUGAAACCGGUAUCAACACUUUGCAGAAAACCCUUCUCUUGAAGAAGGAUGUUGAAGUAGAAAAGGUCCAGGCUGACCUUGAAGAGAAGCGAUAUGAGUUCAAGAAACGAAUGGAAGCCUGCUCACAGAGGCAGAUACAUGUCCAGAAAAAACAACAACAGAUGAAAGACAGAGUUUCCAAAUUUGAAAAGUUUAUCCAAGAAAAUGAAGCUAAAAGAAGAAGAGCAUUGCAAAAAUAUCAGCAGGAAGUCCGAUUACGAAUACAGAAGACGUCAGAAUUUGACCUGCUUCUGCAGCAGUUGGAAGACCUUAAAGCGAGACACCGAUUCUUGAAGGAGCAGUUAGUCCAGUACAAGAAGUAUGAGGAGUACCUGUUGCGAGUCAUUGAUGCCAUGCCUGAGGACUAUCUGCCAUCAUCGGAGGACAAGCUGAAGGGUCUGAUGAUGCGACACCGGACACUGAGUGAAUCCAACAAAGACCUAGUCAACAAUCUGGUGGCCAUGGAGGAUGAGCUGGAGCAUCUGAAGCUGAAGCUGGACGAGAUGUCCCAGGAACACAACAAGCAGAAGGUGUCCAUCAACUCCCAGCUGGCUCGGCUCCAGGAGAAGCAGGAGACAAAGACUGAUUCCAACCAGGAGAAGGAGCUCAACUUUGCCCUAUCCAAGGGGGACCUCAGGAAGAGGAGAACACAGUAUGGUGUAAUUCUCAUGGCCAUUGAUAAUAUCUAUGAAAAAUGUCGAAAAGUCAUAGAACUGCCAGCAGAAAAAAUGGAAUUAGACGACAAACUGCACAGAAUAAAAGACCACCUGAAUGACAGGCAAGACGUAGCUCGCAUGGCUCAUCCUGACAGUUCCUUCGUUGGAAGCCAAGCAGUUGAGUCUCACAAAGAGUCCAGGAAGGGAAAGAAGCGAGUCACAUUAGUCAUCAACGAAGUCUCUUAACUUCCAGGCUUAGUGUUAUUUAUGUGCCCAGUGUAUUCUGCCCCAAGUGUGAGCAUCCCUUCAGCAGUGUGGACCAGUGUGCUAGGACAUGUGUGUAUCCUGAGAAUAGAUUGUCCUAUGUUUUUGGUUUGCAAAGAAGUCUUAGCUAUGUCUGGAAAUAUUUUACUCGUUGCCAUAAUUACAACGAAAAUUAAGAAAACUGUAAGAAACCUUCUGUAACUUUGUCGAAGUCAAACUCUAUUUGUCUUCAAUGAGUCACAUGAUGGACAAUCGGUGGUCUCAUAUCUUAGUGCAACAGUGAUGUCACAAUGAUUAUAUUGAGGAAAUAAUUAAGAACACACAUAGGUUUGAUUGUGACAAGGUGAACAUACCUGCCAUAACAAGCCAUUAUCAUUAGCACUCUGUUCUGGACUAGUUAUCUUCCCAUUGUAACAUAGGGUAGACAUUUGUAAAUACCACAUCAUUGUUGUGUACAUAUAUUUUGUUAAACUGUUAUGUCUAUGUCUGUUUGUAGUGAUAUUAAUGUUACUGACAAUUUAUGUCAGGUCAUGUACAUGACAUAUAUUUAUAUGAAUGUACCUACAAUGGUGAAUAUUUUCUGCAUUUAUUGAUAUCUCAGUAUGAAAGAUCUCAUUCAAAUAUAACAUCAUGAUUCUUUCUUAUUUUAAUUGACAAUUCUUGUGAAUAUUUUUUAUAAUGGUGGAUAUCAGAUUCCAAGCAAAUGGCAUUAACAAGUGAACACUAGCUGUUGUAAUGCCUAUGGUAAUACCAGAAGUAUAGUAUUUGACUUGAAAAUGGGACUAGAAUUUACAAUUGAUUUAAUUAUUAUCAAUUUAACAUUUUAUAUGUCUUACAUAGGGUAUACAUAAUAACAUAUUUCUAUUAAAAUACUUAAUAGUGUUUUCAUUUGUGUUUUCAUUGUCACCAGUUACUAAUAAAAUACAUUUCAGUUACAUGGAAUAUACAAGAUAUUUCUUUCUAAGACCAACCUUUUUGUUUACUUGGAUCACAGACUUAUUUCAGUGUAACCCUGCUGUUAGAGGAAGAAUUAAGAGAAUUGAUUAUCGUACCAAGAGUGAGUGUAAACACACGCAAGUAUUACUUUUGAAACCAUUAUUUUAUACCUUUCUUCAUACCACCUUUCUUUACACUAUUAACAGGUGUAAAAUUACCUGCACAGUACAGUACUUGACCCCUGCAUAACAAGAAAUAUUUAAGUAAACCCUCUUGUCUGUAGCCCCUUGCUUACUGACAAAUUACUGUUUGGAAUAUCUGGAUAUGAUUUAAGGUUAGCACCAUUUAGCCAUGAUUUCUGGAUGAUUUUACUUGGACAAAUCCAGUGUUGAAUGAACAGUGUUUCACUGUGUGUGGUCAGCCAACAGGAAAGUGACGUAUUUUCUGUUUCUUCUCAACAUUAUCAUAAAAUUUGGAUCUGUGAUCAAAGUAUUACCAAAAGUUGGUGUAAGUUUGCCUUUAACUGUAGUAUUCAAAGUACAAUGCAUUGUGAAAUGUUAUAAAGGACUUCCUCAUUGCUAUUGACCACACCCAUUCCUCCACUGAACCUUUCCCAUCCAAACCCCAUCACCGAAAGUGCUUUACAGUCUUAACACCAGUUCUGUGAUUAUGUAGAAGUCUUCCUGCUUGACAGCAUCAGGUAUAAGUGAGGUAUAAAGGCAGCCAUUACCGCCAUUCUGUUUCAUAUCAAAACACUAAAUGGUGAUGAUUAAAGCUCCUCUAAACUGCUGUCAUCAUUAGAGACUUAAAAAAUAUGCACUUGCAUCAGUGGAUGAAAUUCACUGGUGAAACAAAAGCUUAUUACAGGGUAUUAUGACUUUUUCAAAUGGCUGACAAACAGCCAUGUUUAAAAUCAGUUAAUUUCAAUUUAAAUAUACAACUGCAAGCCAGUGCAAGGACCAGGAAAAGUAAGUCACAUGGAUUUCAACAUAAUGUUGUAAAUGUUUAGGACAGACAUCAGUUUAGGGGAGCUAACAUUUGCUGACAGUGCUUAUUUAUACUUGAUGCCCCCCCACUUGCCCCUCUCCAUGUCAGUAUUGCCCAGUCUCUUAAGCAUUACCCAUCAUUUUUGUGAUGAUUUAAUCUUUGUUCUUCCAUUGUAUUAGACUGGAUUAAGUAUUUAAUGUGGAAUAAAACAUUGUGAGUGAUA